AGCAGGACCGAGCGGCAGAGUCCUGGCCUCCCACACAGACGGGGCACUCCCCGCCCUCCGGCCUCCUCCUGGGGCCUCCCCAGGCCCCUCCUCUGGAGCACAGCCCAGUGCUCAGCACAGCCUCCCUUUGCUGAUGCUCUUGCUGUGGUUGGCAUGUGGCUUGCUUUUUCCCACUUUUCCCUUUUGGCCUUUUGUCAUCCUUUCGUCCACUUGUGCCAGUUCUGGACUGUGGGCCUUGGAGAGAAGGGACAUGGGGCAAAUCAGCCUGAGGGACUGGAGCUUGGAGCUCCCAGGUGGGGGUAGGGCGAGGAGACUGGUAGGGACCCAGAUGUUCCCAGCACAGCCCCCCAGGUGCCAGAGCAAGGAGGCCCCGCAUCGGAGCUGUCAGAGGGCUCCCAGGGAAGAUGGGGAGGUGACACUCCUGGAGGGCCUGGAAGAGGCUGUGGGGUCUGCCUGUGCCCUCUCCCCUCAGAGAAAGGACGUAGUCCCCGCCAGCAGGGGCUGGUCCCUGGGGGCGCCCGUGUCCCCUGUACUGAGCAGGCCCUCGGCCCGGAAAGUGUGGUUUUUGAGCCCUAGCACUGCAGCUACCCUUUCAGUUCACCAGAAGUGUCUUGUCUCACAUCAGACACCUAACUCAUUUCCCUCUGGCAACCACUGAAUUUGAGAACGUCCUGUUUUACCAUAAUCAAAAGAAGUGAAACUGCCCCAUGAAAUAAAGUAGAACACCCCAGAAACACCUAGGAGAGACCAGGGUCUUUCCUUAUAAAGUCAAAAACGGGAGGGCAGCCCCUGCCUGCCCUUGGAGGUCCCCCAGAGACUGGUGCAUGGUGGAGGGGCCCUCAGCCAGCCCUGCUUCCUUUCUGUGCCCCAUCCCCUCCUGGGCUCCCGGGGUGCAGCUGCCAUGAAUUGCAGGGGCAUGCAGCUCCCCCCAGACUCCCCUUCACCCCAGGCAGGGAGAGGCAGGGAUAAAGGCCUAUAGGCUAGGUCUGCCCUACAGUUCUGUGGUUCCCCUGGAGAACCAAGAUGCGUGGGGAAAGUAACAGCAGUCAUCGGUGUGGGCAGCAUGGUUGUCGCAGGAGUACCCCGGAGCACACACUUGCACACAGCAGCCCACGGCAGCCUGGCCACAGCUUGCUGGUCAGUGAGAAGGUCGGAGGGGCUGAAGGGACCAAGCUGGACGAUGACUUCAAAGAGAUGGAGAAGAAGGUGGAUGUUACCAGCAAGGCCGUGACAGAAGUGUUGGCCAGAACCAUCGAGUAUCUGCAGCCCAACCCAGCCUCUCGGGCCAAGCUGACGAUGCUCAACACGGUGUCCAAGAUCCGAGGGCAGGUGAAGAACCCUGGCUACCCGCAGUCGGAGGGCCUGCUGGGCGAGUGCAUGAUCCGCCAUGGGAAGGAGCUGGGCGGCGAGUCCAACUUCGGCGACGCCCUGCUGGAUGCCGGGGAGUCCAUGAAGCGCCUGGCUGAGGUGAAGGACUCCCUGGACAUAGAGGUGAAGCAGAACUUCAUCGAUCCCCUCCAGAACCUGUGUGACAAGGACCUGAAGGAGAUCCAGCACCACCUGAAGAAGCUGGAGGGCCGCCGCCUGGACUUUGACUACAAGAAGAAGCGGCAGGGCAAGAUCCCCGAUGAGGAGCUGCGCCAGGCCAUGGAGAAGUUUGAGGAGUCCAAGGAGGUGGCCGAGACCAGCAUGCACAACCUUCUGGAGACUGACAUCGAGCAGGUGAGCCAGCUCUCCGCCCUGGUGGAUGCCCAACUGGACUACCACCGGCAGGCCGUGCAGAUCCUGGAUGAGCUGGCUGACAAGCUCAAGCGAAGGAUGCGCGAAGCCUCUUCGCGCCCCAAGCGGGAGUAUAAGCCCAAGCCCCGGGAACCCUUGGACCUCGGAGAGCCUGAGCAGUCCAACGGGGGCUUCCCCUGUGCCACGGCCCCCAAGAUCACAGCUUCGUCAUCUUUCCGAUCUUCCGACAAGCCCACCCGGACCCCCAGCAGCAGGAGCAUGCGGGCAGGUGACAGCCUGGACCUCCCCCCGCCCCCAGCACCCCUGGACCAGCCGAGCUGCAAGGCCCUGUACGACUUUGAGCCUGAGAACGACGGGGAGUUGGGCUUCCAUGAGGGCGACAUCAUCACGCUGACCAAUCAGAUCGACGAGAACUGGUAUGAGGGCAUGCUCCACGGCCAGUCUGGCUUCUUCCCCCUCAGCUACGUGGAGGUGCUGGUGCCGCUGCCCCAGUGACCGCGUCUCCAUGGUGUGUCGGCCCGCCGCCCCUCCAUCCAGAUCUCUGCAUUCCACGGGCCCCGCAGCUGGGCAGUGCUCACAGCCUGCGGGGCGGCCCGCUCUGGGCCUGAUCCAGCCCCAGGGCAGCGGGGCCCCUGUUUACACUAGUGCUCACCCCCGGUGGUGGGGGCUCCCUUCCCCACUCCACGUGGCCGUCUUGGGGGCUGGGCAGUGUUCCUCCUUCCUGCUGCUCACAACUCUGCCCCCCCAGCUCCGCCCGCCCCGCCCCAGGAGGUUCACACUAAGGUGCUCUUAGAAACACUAACUCCUCCCACCCUUCCAGGGACUGGUAACUCAAGGUGGGCCCCCCUUCUCUCUCUCCUCUCUUCUCUCUCUCUCACUCACACACACACACACACACACACGCACACGCAUCCUCUCCCACCUCCAUCCAGCCCCGCCCGGAGACCUGCCCUUAACAGGAUAGGACUGAACAUCGGUGUGAUGGGGUGGUCUGGGUGAGACCCCUGUUUGAGACUCGCCACCCUGCUUUUAAAUUCCCCCCGGACACUACCAGCCCCCUCCAGAGCUCCCUAGGCCCCUGAGUGCCUACAGAUGCCACCUUCCUGGAAGGGUUUCACCCCUUUCUUCUGGCUGGGGACUUGGGGAAGGACGAGCCUGGGCUUCUCAGGAGCCAGGGCCCCUAAAGACAGGCCAUCUCCCCCCUGCAGGGCACUAAGCCCCAAACACCCGUGCCCACCACCGCAUCCCAGGCCAAGCACAUGGAGCAUCUCUGGCACAAGCUGCCAGUGUGCGCGUGCGUGUACACACACACACACGGGAGCCCAGCUGCCAGUGUGCGCGUGCGUGUACACACACACACACACACACACGGGAGCCCAGCUGCCAGUGUGCGCGUGCGUGUACACACACACACACACACACACACACACACACACACACACACACACGGGAGCCCAGCUGCCAGUGUGCGCGUGCGUGUAUACACACACACACACACACACACACACACACACACACACACACACACACACACACACACACACACACACACACACACACACACACACACACACGGGAGCCCAGCCUACACACAUACAUGCGACCACGGGAGCCCAGCCUCCACUAUGUGGAAGGUCAAGCACAAAGGCUUUGUUAAGUGAAUGUUCCCAGACCCCUGGCUGCUGGGACCCCUGGGGGAGUCACGGGCACCACCCUGGUGAGCCAGCCACCAUACCCUCUUUGGACAGUGGCUCAGGCCAUCUUCUCCAGACCAAGGUAGGCAGCUGCCCAGACCAGCAGGGCCCCAGCCCUGCACCCACUUCCCCUCUUGCCUAAUCCAAAACUUGGCUAAACAGGGGACCCCGGGCCUGGUUCACAUUCCCCUCCUCUGGUGACCCGGUAAAGCCCCCAAGGACACCAGGCCCUCCCUGCUCCUCCAAGAGGCCCCCGGUCACCAGUACCUGGAGGAGAGACAGACAUCCCAGCCUAGGGCAGAUCAAAAUGUAAUCCUGAUUUUUUUAAAAAAAGUAUUAAAUGUCUCUUUCUACAGC